AUGCGCUAUUCAGGACAUGCGCGCAUCUGCGUGCACCUUCUGUUCAUUACGCAGCAUUAUCUGGUUCCUGUCCUGUGCGCAGAAAGCAGACUUGGUUAUAAGCUCAAUCUAGCGAAGGCUACCUCGGACAAUGUUCCUUCUUUGGAAGCAGCAUUACAAGCUGAGCAUGAUGUCUCUAAAACGCUUAAUGCUUCCGAUAUGGAGGAAGAAACUGAUUUGAAUUCACCCGCUUCGGCGGAAGUGACGAAGACUAUUGGGCAACUCGAACAGCACACUACUUUGCUACCCUCACAAAAAGACAUACAGGCAAGAACAGAAAAGCGAUUCACGUUGAGAAGCGCGAAGGGUACAAUAGCAGCUUCAACUCGAAAAAAGUCAAUCGCUGUUGCAAAACCUACAACUAUGUCCGGCGCUGAAGAGUUUACAGCGUCGGCGUCACAAGCAGAAAAGGAAGCAAAAGCAGCCACAUCGGCUGUAGUGGCGGGAGCUGCAACCGAAAAGAAGCAAGACCAGCAAGACGACGUCACAGAGGAGCCUGACAAUGGGGAAGAACCUGAGGAUCAUAUUAAGGAUACGAAAAUUCCAAUGGAUGCACGAUCCACAGUCACAUCGCACUUGGACGAGAAACUAUAUGCAACCAUCUCUACAACCCGUUCUUCGAUAAGUGAUGAAGAUGAUGAUACUGAGAAAGUGUCGCCCGACUCCGUCAGAAAUUUGGAAUCUCCUGAUGCUAAAGGACAGUCAGGUUUCUACAAGAAGAAAGCUAAUGUUGGCGCGGUGGUUCUACUCGUCUGUGGAAUAAUACUAUCGCUUCUUCUCUCGAUCCUCGUUGUUUUGAUAUCCAUGAUGAUAUCAGCUCAGAAAACCCCGAGGCUCCGCUCAACUACGCAAAGCGCUGCCGCUAGCAGUGCCAAGGUUUGAGCUUGUCAUGAUUUGCGAAGGAAGUAAAUUCGAAAAUGGAUUUGUAAUAAACUC